GUGAAGUCAAGAUGGCUGUGGACCUGAAGCAGGGUGAAGAGCCUGCAGUAGAAAGGCCGUGAAUGAAGUUUUACACCGAACAUCUGUCGUCGUCGCUGCUGGAGAAGUCGUAAUCUACCCCCGUCCCGGACUCGGCACGUUUGCAAACCUGCAGCAGGAUCGCGAAACCAACAGAGGAGGAAGUCUCGUAUGAAUUCCGACGAGAAGGAGGACUGUGAGUGUGCGCCACCACAGGCCGAGCCCAGCCCCGCAGGAGGACCCGAUAGAGAAUACGAGGAGCCUGAAAUAGAAAACCCAGAAGCAAGCCGAAUGAAGCGAGCAGCUGCCAAGCAUCUAAUAGAGCGCUAUUACCACCAGUUAACAGAGGGCUGUGGGAAUGAGACAUGCUCCAACUCAUGGUGUGCCUCGUCCGUCGGCUUCAACCGCAUGGAUAACAAUGCGGCGGCGGUCAAGGCCCUGGAGCUCUACAAGGUCAACGCCAAGCUAUGUGACCCCCACCCCUCGAAGAAGGGCACUGCCUCUGCCUACCUGGAGAGCAGCGCCCGCAGCAACUCGGCCUGCCUCAACAGGAAGAUGAACCAUAAAGAUGUCCACUCUUCACGGGACAAUUUCAAAGAUGUGAAUUACCUGACAGAGGAGAAAGUGUAUGAGAUCUUGGACAUCUGUGGAGAGAAGGAGGAUUAUUCGCCUCUGAUCCGGGUACUAGGUCGGGUGUUCUCUAGCGCUGAGGGCCUGGUGGAGAGCUUCAGGAGAUCCAAGCCUCACACCAAGGAGGAGCUCAAGUCCCUUCAAGGUAAAGAUGAGGACAAAGACGAGGAUGAGAAGGAGGCUGCUGCCUGCUCUGCCACAGCCAUGGAGGACGACUCCCCAGCCUCCUCCUCCUCAUCAAGGCUGGGUGAGGGCUCUUCAGAAAAAAACGAUGUCCAAAAGCUGGCCCCGGAUGAGGUGUCGGUGGACAUCGAAGCUGUGCGCCGGGUCUACGAACGCCUCCUAUCCAACGAGAAGAUUGAAGCCGCCUUCCUGAAUGCACUGGUCUACCUCUCACCCAAUGUAGAGUGCGACUUGACGUACCACAAUGUGUAUUCACGAGACCCGAACUACCUUAACCUGUUUGUUAUCGUGAUGGAGAACAGCAACCUCCACAGCCCAGAGUACCUGGAGAUCGCCCUCCCACAGUUCUGCAAGGCCAUGAGCAAACUCCCGCUGCCAGCACAGGCCAAGCUAGCACGCUUGUGGGCGCACUACAGCGCCGAGCAGAUCCGGCGCAUGGUGGAGACCUUCCAGCAGCUCAUCACCUACAAGGUGAUCAGUAACGAGUUCAACAGCCGCAACCUGGUCAACGAUGACGACGCGGUGGUGGCGUCCACCAAGUGCUUGAAGAUCGUCUACUAUGCAAACGUGCUGGGCGGCGAAAUCGACAUGGAGCAUAACGAGGAAGAGGACGAGGAGCCCAUCCCAGAGUCCAGUGAGCUCACGCUGCAAGAGCUGCUGGGCGAGGAGCGGCGGAACAAGAAGGGCCCGCGGGUGGACCCCGUGGAGACGGAGUUGGGGAUCCGCACCAACGACUGUCGGCGGCCGCUCAUUCCCUUCGAGGAGUUUGUCAAUGAGCCUCUGAACGAGGUGCUGGAGAUGGACAAGGACUACACCUUCUUUAAGGUUGAAACCGAAAACAAGUUCUCCUUCAUGACGUGUCCCUUCAUCCUAAACGCCGUCACCAAGAACCUGGGCCUGUACUACGACAACCGCAUCCGCAUGUACAGUGAGCGGCGCAUUACUGUGCUCUACAGCUUGGUGCAGGGCCAGCAGCUAAACCCCUACCUGCGGCUCAAAGUGCGCAGAGACCACAUAAUUGAUGACGCUUUGGUCAGGUUGGAAAUGAUAGCGAUGGAGAAUCCUGCAGACUUGAAGAAGCAGCUGUAUGUGGAGUUUGAAGGAGAGCAAGGUGUUGAUGAAGGAGGCGUUUCCAAAGAGUUUUUCCAGCUGGUGGUGGAGGAAAUCUUCAACCCAGAUAUCGGCAUGUUCACAUAUGAUGAGCGCACCAAAAUGUUUUGGUUCAACCCGUCGUCUCUUGAAAACGAGGGCCAGUACACUCUGAUCGGCAUCGUCCUCGGUCUGGCAAUCUAUAACAACUGUAUCCUGGAUGUCCACUUCCCCAUGGUGGUCUACAGGAAGCUGAUGGGCAAGAAAGGAACGUUCAGGGACCUGGCUGACGCCAACCCGGUUCUGCACCAGAGCCUGAAGGAGCUGAUGGAGUACGAGGGCAGCGUGGAGGAGGACAUGAUGAUCACUUUCCAGAUUUCCGAGACCGACCUGUAUGGGAACCCACUCAUGUAUGAUUUAAGGGAAAACGGGGACAAGAUUCCAGUCACGAAUGAAAACAGAAAGGAGUUUGUGGCGCAGUAUGCAGAGUACAUGCUGAACAAAAGUGUGGAGAAGCAGUUCAAAGCCUUCAGGAGAGGCUUCCACAUGGUCACCAACGAGUCGCCGCUCAAAUACCUGUUCAGACCAGAAGAAAUCGAGCUGCUCAUCUGCGGAAGCAGGAACCUGGACUUCCUAGCACUUGAAGAAACAACAGAAUAUGACGGCGGAUACAACAGAGAUUCUCGAAUCAUCAAGGAGUUCUGGGAGACGUUGCACUCGUUUGGGGAGGACCAGAAGCGCCUCUUCCUGCAGUUCACCACUGGCACGGACCGAGCACCUGUGGGCGGGCUGGGCAAGCUGAAGAUGAUCAUUGCCAAGAACGGCCCUGACACAGACCGGUUACCGACGUCUCACACUUGCUUUAACGUGCUGCUGCUGCCCGAGUACAACGACGUGGAGAAGCUGCGAGAGAGACUGCUGAAAGCCAUCACCUAUGCCAAAGGGUUUGGCAUGCUCUGAGCCCCCCGCUCCACACACUCAGCAAAAGGGACUCCUUCUCAGACAGCCCACCAAACCCUGCCCCCUCCCCACCGCCCGCCCUUCCUUUAUCAGACACGAUCCCAAUGGUGACAGAGACCGACAAAGAGUACGUUCCGAGGAAAAGCAAGUCAAUAAUACGAGAGGAGACACGGCACCAAUAGAGCGCUCUGGUAGUUCUUCUGCUGUGCCUGCAUCAUCCCUCAUCAGUCAGUGUGAGCCCAGAGACCUCCUGAUCAAAGUCCCCCCCCCCACCACACACACACACACACACGCACACACACACACACACACACACACACACACAUCACAUUAAGUGAAUGUGCCGCAGCCUCCCCUUCUUUCUUUUUUUUUUCUAUGUACAGAGAGGAUCAGUUUCCUUAUUAUUUAUUUGAAGGCAAAAAUGGGUGAUUAUUAUUUUAUUUUUCUCAUGCCUGCCUGUUUCUUCCCUACUUGUGGAAAGGGAUAGAGGUUAAUAUUAAACUAUGUAAAUUUAGGACGAUACAUUAAUAAGUCAAUAUAAAAAACCCUGUAUUGAACAAAAAGCUGUUAGUGUAGCCCUGAGUUCACGGAGCGUUGACAGAGGAAAUCUAGUUCUAGAAUAGUGUUGAAUACAAAAUAUUGUAUCCCCAGUGAGAAGAAGAGCUCUUACCACUCCACUCACCGCUAUCACUUGUUCUUUCUACCAAGGUAAGAAAUUUGGAAAUUCUGUCAUUUGCUCCAAAUUGGCAUUAUACAAUAGCAAUUUUUCUGUUUUUGUUUUGGGCCUUUUUAUAUCCUUUCGGGGAGGGGGGAGCGGACACCGCAGGUUAGAGUCAAACCUUGUCAGAGCUGUGUAAGUGCACUUAGACAUUUUCAGAAUGUUUGUUUUUUGGCCACAGGUCGCCACGAUUGUUUGAGGCAUUUUAUUUCCAUGUCUUCCUGUGUUGACAAUUCUAACUAAAAUUAAAAAACUAAAAAUAGCAGUAUUUAUAUAUCAGUGGGGUUGGAGCUGUGAUACCGUAUCGUGCAUGUUCUGGAGGAUGUACACAUGUAAACCAGUCACCGAUGAUGUUCUCAGAUUAAGACCAAGAGCUCUUCUUGUGCCAACCUAUAGUCCGAUCCUAGGUGAAACCCCAGUUAGCACUUUUGUGUUGUCUGUUUCUGGCUUAGUCUUGUGUGAGUGGACAGCUCAUACUGCAGCCUCUGUUCAGUGUAUCUCUCAUACAGUCGGGUGGGCGGUGUGUACGAGAGGACACGUCUGCAGACGCUUCUCUUCCUUGUAAUCUUUAGUCCACCGGACCCAGAUCUCUGGCUUUGGUUACGCCUGUCAUUUUAUCACCUGGCAGCAUCACGGGGGGGAAAGUGCGAUCAGGCCACCAGCCCCAGAUCUCAGUACAGGCUGGACGGCUCUGUGAUCGGACACUGGGCACAUGAGGACACCAGUCUGAGCCAACCUGAGCAAAGUGAUUGUUCCGUCCAAACUGCAGAGAAGGGUCAGUCCACACUGAAGCCCCUGAACGUUCCCAUCAGCCCCUCCUUAGCUGUUAGACCCACAGUCUUAACGUGUAGAGCUGUGGUUUGAUCUGCGCUAAUGAGAGGGGGGGGCAGACAACAUGUAAAGGAACAGCAACGGUUUGAUUGACUGCGCUCUAUGAAUUCUAAUGUGAUAUCUCGUUUAAGUCCACUCGAGGCCAAACAGUCAAACCUUGCUCUGUAGAACAAGAGGAAGAAUGCUGUCGCGUUCAUAUUGUGUAGUUUUAGUUUGAAUGGAUACACAAAGGCGAGGGUACCUGUGUGUCCCCCCUACCCCUCUUUACACAGAGACAACACUGGUGUGGAUUGUCUUCUGUGACUCCGGGGAGACGGUACUGUGUGGACACAUCACUGAUCACAUUUCAGUUUAGAUCUUCAUUGAGAAUGAAAACAGGUGUAACCACUGUCGAUGUAGAAGUCGCUUUUGUGUGUUUUGUCAACAUGAGUUGGAAUAUCAGCUGUGAAAUCAACACCCCCCUAAGAACAGGCAGACCUUUUCUUUUUUUUUCUUUUUUCUUUUAUAAUUCUGUUUGUUCACUAUAUUGGGCCGUAAUUUUUUUUAUUUUCGACCUCUGCUAUUUUCAAACUUUGUCAAUCGAGGCAACGCAGCACAUGUCAUCAGACGCCCCCUGCUGGGUUUUAAAUGACUUGACAGUUGAACCAGGUUAUUUAAACCACUUAUGAGGAAUAGAGAAAAAAACGAAUUGGACCCAACUGAAAUAUCAGUUCAUUGAAUUGCUGUAUCGUGCACUUACAGUAACUUUGGAUUUGUACAUCGUUUCAAAGAUGAUCCUCUGUUCUUUUACACAAAAAAUAUAUACACCCAUAUCUUAUAAAACCACAAGCUGUGUUCUUGAAAUCUAAAUUUAUUUUCCAGAGUUCCAAUCAUUCAGCUGAAAUUGAGAAUCAAUGUAAACCAUCCAAUCAAGGUGCAGCCACUCUUGACUCAACCUUGAGACGGAUCACAAAGCUCAAGCUCAAUGUAAUUAAUUGAAUCUAGUGGCAAAAAAAAAAGUUGUGGUCAGUUUAACAUGAUUUUACUUCCAAAUAAGUGGUUGAGGUCAUUUGGGUGAACUGUGGAUAAAUGUGGCUGUAAAGCAUUCAAACAGUUUCCCCACUCAUUGGAUGGUAUAGUUUUAUGUCACUUGCUAAGUGGACCUUCAGCUAAGAUUUCUUACGAUUUAUUUCAUGAACAUCUCCUUGAACAGAACAUUGUUCAAAGUGUAACCUUGUUGAAAGCAUCAGCUUUCAGGGGAGGGGCGAUACAACGAGGCCUGUCUGCUUUGUGUUGUCAUGGGCACUUCUGUGGUGGUGGGUGGGAGGUUGAAUCUGUCCUGUGAAUCAAGACUACCUGAAACUUUGAAUCUCUGCUCAGCCUUGGGGGGGUGGCGGGGGGGCACUCCGCAGCAGGCCACUGAACCAAGGUGCUCAGACCGCCGCCGCACACGACAACCCUGAGCCAUUCUUUGUGUUCCAUUGCUCCUUAUUUUGUUCGUGGUCACGGUUUCAACCAGACCUGGGCGACAACGAUGUUGGAAACUUUCCUUCCCUGCUUGUUCUGGCCUGAGACGGUGGACAAACACUGGACUGUGUUGCAGAGUCACCACAGCACUGUAGUAAACUUUGCUCAUGUUGUUCUUAAGUAAACCUCAAUCAUUUGGAAGGUUCAAACCAAGUUUUGAGGAUGAGUUCCGACAGUUAUCCAGCCCAGAUCUGGUUUCAGCUGUUUUAACAUUACUCUGUACCUCCGUUUUGUAAUGCUGAAGAUGCUGCUCACUUGGGCUCCGGAGCCUUGUGAAGGUCAAAGGUGAGAGGGCAACCUGAUCUUGGAAAGGGGAGCGGUUUUCUCGUGAAUUGGUUUUACGCGACAGUUCCAAACAGUUUCUAAAAUGAUAAAGGCUAAACUGAUGAAAGGCUAAAAGUAUUCAGUGUUGUGAAAACAUGCUAAAUAAAGAUGACUGCUUUUUUCCAA